UAGAUGUGACACCGUUACUUUUAUUAAUUAUGCAUUAUAUAUUAUUAUUGGUCAUCAAUAUCGCUAUAGUUGCUACCAUCGGUCUACUGUUGUCUAGUGAUACUGAUUUGUCUUCAUAUUUAUAAGAAUUUUUUUAUAUAAUACAUUCCUGAUUCCUAUAUAAUGGACCGUUGGUUAUUAGAAAAUUCUAAUAAUUCUGAGCAUGAAAUAUAUACCGAAAUUGGUGGACCAACGUCAUCUAUAACAAAUCAUGAAAAUUCUUCAACUGCCUACAUGAAUAAUGACGAGUGUAUGGAAAUAUGGAACAUCCUAAAGUCGUGGAAACUUGAGUCUGUUUAUCAAACUUGCAUAGAUCAGUUUAUAGAUGUUGAAGUGUUGAAGUAUAUGAAGUACAGACAUGUUGAAAAAUUGUUAGUAAACUUUCCACUUGGUACACAAAUUAAAUUUGAAAAAUAUGUCAAUGGGUAUCAACAAAAACAGUUGGAACAACUUGAUUGUUCGGUCUUAGAAACCAAGUCUAUCCCAUCAACUUCCACUCAACAUUUUGUUUCAUCAAACUCCUCUACAAAGAAUCUACCAGAAAGUUGUUUUGAUUUAAGUCAAAUUUUAACUCGAAGUACCCAAGGUCCAUUAAUUGUGGACUAUUAUUUUAAACACAAACAUCUGAAUGAAUCGUGUCGUACUUUACUUGUUGAAAUUAUCAUUAAUGAUUUGAUUAAGAGAAAUCAGACUAUGACUAUUAAUCUAUCCAAUGAUAUAGCCAAUGCUAUUUUACUGUCAUUUCCAUCAGAAAUAAAGGAUGUAUAUUUUUUAAGGGAUGUAUCUUGUAAAGCUCCAAAAGGGAAACUUUACUCAAAAUAUUUCAAUACAAUGAAGAAAUUACAAAGUGUUGGAUUAAAAUCCACUAGUAAAACAUAUGAGAAUAAUAAGAAAAUUCUUUGUAGAUCUGAAGAUCGACUUGAUUAUUCACUCGAAAUGGAACCAGAAUCUGAAGAUUUGUGUGCAAGUUUACAAGAUUUAGACUUAACUUGGCCUGAAAUUGAGACAAUUUGGAAAAAAACUAACAAUUUUAGGCUUCAAUAUAUUAAGAAUAACAACACAGCGUCUAUUUUCAAAAAAUGGAUACAGUUUACUCAACCAAUGGGCUAUAAAUUGGUAGAGAUAGAUUUCUGUCACAUGUACUCAAACUUUAAAAACCUAUCAGCCAAAUUUGAAAGAAAGUCAUCUUUGCUAUUGAAAAUAUUUGACGAAAGAAUAAAAGAUAAUGCAAGUAAAAUAUUAUUAAAUCAAUUAAAAGAAUCUCCUGAUUUAUGCGAAAAUGGGAAAAACUUGGUUAUAUUUUAUUUGAUGCAUUCGUUAUUUGUACCUUCAUCAAGAAAAAUUACCAGAGAUGACAAUGGAAAAAAAUCUGUCAUAAAAUAUUCCAUAAAAGAUUCUCAAAAUACAUUUAUUAUAGAAGCAUCUACUCCCCUUGAACUAGAAGUCAUCAUAGAGAAACUGAAAAAACAAGAAAAUAAUAUACAGCCAUGUAUACUAGUUGUUGGCUCAUUAUUAAACCCUAAACAAAUAAUAGUAUAUUUCGAUGAUGUUAAAUACAAGUUGUUUUCUGUUUUUAAAGCUAUCGAUAUUUGUUUUAAGCUAUUCCAUGUUUUUAAUCUUGAAUAUCCAUAUGAAUCAAGUAACGUGUGGUUAUUUUUGCAAAAUUAUUUUUAUGAAAUUAACACUAAAUAUGACAAAAGUUGUAGUUUAGUAAAGCAAAUUUGCUCAGAAUUAGAUGCAAAUUAUAAUAUUUAAAACUAAUGUAUUAUUAAGAGUUCCCUAGCCAAUUUUAAUUUUUUUUUAUAUUACAAACCCAACAUUUAUGAUUUAUAAGUACCUAUAAGUAUAUAUUUUUUUUUGUAAUCGUAAGUCGUUUAGGAACAACAGUUCUUCAUUUUUUUUUUUUUUUGUUAUAUCUAGUUUUACAUUAUAAUUCUUAAUUUGUAUUAAUAUUUUCUAGAUACUAGAACCAUUUGUUUA